CACCAGGACUAUUUUUAACAAGAGCCGGGGAUGAUAAGAUAGAAGCGCAGUUUUUCUGCCUUGCUGAUGGAGCGCACGCCGAGAGCGCCAGCGCCUGCACACUGUGGGAGGAGAGAGGCAGGGACUGAGUAUCGACUGCUCCUAGGGACCUGCCCCGGCGCGGCAAACUUUUCUCUGAACUUGCAGGGCGAACUCUUUUAGCCUGCGACUCUCAAGACUGGCGUCAGGCUCCACGCUUCGUGGGGGCGAGGGCCUGCAGCAGUCUGCGCCAACUCCCUUUACAUUUCUGCCGCGUCUGCUAGUAUCCUGGCAACAGCAACUUUCUCCAACGGACACGAUGACGAAAGGACGAUGGUUGUAGAGGACAGGACGUCGGCAAGCGAGUUUGUGGUGAGCUAGUUGUUGACCUCUUUGAACGUGACCUUCCACUACCGACACAGACAAAACCGUUACUCCCCCCCAACCUGUCACGUGCUACGAUCGCAAGCCCUCUUCACGUCCUCCUCCAGCUUUGACAAGGAAGGGGGCGGCCGGGGUUACCAGUAAUGAGGGCUCCGCUUGUCCCCCUCCAGGAUCCCUCUACCUGAGCAGGCUGGCCCAACAAGUCAACUGGUCCACUCGGUGACUGGCAGGUGCGUGUGACAUCCUCGCCGUUCAGUUUGUGUGUGUGUUCGGGACGAGACCUCAGGGACCAGUGGUGCCAUUGUGCAAAGUGUGAACGUGCUCGCCAACUCCUCGAGAGCAAAACUCAGCGAGCAGACGAUGCUGAGAAAGCAUAGAAAAUAAAACAAGAUGGAUACCGUAGUGCAGUGAACUUACAGACCCUCCACAGAGUUGGACCUACUUGUCCUUCACUCACAUGGCCAGUGCUUCGUUCCGAGUGAACUACAGACGACAAGAAGACGACACGUGCGAUGACCACAGCUGCCGAUGGUGCAGGAUUGUCCCGAGCAGCGAAGUCACUCAGCUGUGUCCGCGGUCAGUGGGUGGAGUCUGUGAUGUGCUGGGAGGACGAGCGUGAUGGAGUGACGCAGCAUCUUGCAGGUUCAAAGGUCACAGCGUCGACUGGCAGCGUUUUGCUUGGCGUGCAGACGGUCCGGACACAAACGCACGCACAUCAGCGCCGGGAAAUCGAAUACUUGGGCAACGACAGCGACAGCAGAGUGUGGAGGUGCUCACAACAAAUGAAGCAGCAGCAUUUUAAAAACAAGAAAUAUUCUGACAACAGCCUGGGGCUGAGCGAGACAUCGACGUGAACUCAGCAAGAAUCUUGAGAGAGAGAAGGACUCAGCAAACAUGUUUAAUAACUUGUAAAUGCCUACGCAAUGGCCUCCAUCAUCGUCUGGCGAGGAUGUCUAAACCAGCGCGUGCAUCUCUGCUCCACAAACGACAAAUUAAUGACUUAGUUUUUUUGUGUCGACAGUUGAAAUGACAUCCCGACAUCGGUCCUGCCACGGAUGUUAGAAUAAACACAACAACAACACAGGCAGAGAGAAAGAGAAAGGGAAGAGUUGCUGGAUUGUGAGAAAGAGUUGCGAAUGGCUUGGUACACGAUCUUGUCUUUAAUGAGAUGCCAGUGUCAUCAGCGAUGACUUCCUGUCACACCUACGUCGUAUGCACGUAGUAUGCACGUCGUGUCCACGUAGUGCCAGCAAGACCGCAGAAGGAGGGUGACGGGAAGCACGUGCACGGAGAGAGGAUGGUGUGUGAAGACAGGAAUCACAGAGGAUCAGGGAGGGUAUGAGCCUGCAGCAGCCAUGGAGAACACCCCGAUGUUGAAGCAGCCGAAGCGGACUCGUCUGCAGCGCCUGGUGUCGCGGCACCGGUUCCCGUCGCAGGAGCUGGAGGACCUGUACCAGAGCUACGUCUUCAAGCUGCAGCAGUCGGCCUUGACCUGUCUCCUGGCGCUGUUCGCCCUGCUGACCCUGGCCUUGGCCGUCCUCAACUUCGCCUUCGCCAGCUACUUCACAGUGCUGGGCUCCUACAUGGCCGUGCAGUGGGUGGCCUUCUCGGCUCUCCUCCUUUUCGCCUGCACGCGCUUCAUGGAGGAGGCGCACUCCGUCGUCAGCUACGUCGUCCUCGUCUUCCUCGUCUGCUUCGCCGCCUUCUCGCUGCCGCUGGACUUUGGUCUGACCGUCCCCGGGCGCCAGGCCGCUGUGCGCAGCCCCGUGGAGGGCGUGUGGGAGACCGUGCUCGUCGUCUUCAUGGUCUACUCCAUGAUGCCCCUGCGCACCAUCGUGGCGGCCAUAUUGGGAGUACUACUUCCGGUCUUGCAUCUAGCUCUGUCUGCCCUGAUAGCCAACGCGUUUCCGGCUUCUCUGUGGAGACAGCUUGUGGCCAACGCCAUCGUGUUUGUUGUCAACGUGGCGGGGAUGUUCCUCCACAACAUCACAGACCGCGCCCAGAGAAAGACCUUCCUGGACACCCGCAACUGUAUCGCCGCCCGCCUGGAAAUCCAGGAUGAGAACGACAAACUGGAGAAACUGCUGCUGAGUGUUCUGCCCCAGCAUGUCGCCAUGGAGAUGAAGCAGGACAUCACCAACCCCCAUACCGGCCCCUUCCACAAGAUCUACAUACAACGACACGACAACGUCACAAUUCUCUUUGCCGACAUCGUGGGCUUCACGGCGCUGGCGUCCCAGUGCACGGCGCAGGAGCUGGUUCGCAUCCUCAACGAACUCUUUGGACGCUUCGACCAGCUGGCCAAGAACAACCACUGUUUGCGGAUCAAGAUCCUGGGCGACUGUUAUUAUUGUGUGUCCGGACUGCCCGAGCCCCGCGCUGACCACGCCCACUGCUGCGUGGAGAUGGGACUGGACAUGAUUGAUGCCAUAGCGUCUGUGUGCGAGCAGACAGAUGUGCAGCUGAACAUGCGCGUGGGGCUGCACACGGGGCGCGUGCUGUGCGGGGUGCUGGGGCUCAAGAAAUGGCAGUACGACGUCUGGAGCAACGAUGUCACCCUCGCCAACUACAUGGAGGCCGGCGGCAUUCCGGGGCGGGUGCACAUCACGCGGGCCACCCUGGAGCACCUUCACGGCGACUACGAGGUGGAGGACGGCAAUGGCGGCGACCGGAAGGACUUCCUCCGGCAGCACAACGUGGAGACGUUCCUCAUCAAGACCAAGCAUCCACGGAAGCAGCACACAUCACUGAUGAACCGUGACCUGGCGGGGCUGCGGCCCAAGAAGCUGUCGUUCAAGGGCGUGUCCAGCUGCGUCAUCCGCCUGAUGCAGAGCGUCAAGUUCAACGCCGAGAUCCCCUUCUCUGACGUCCUCACGCCCUCGCAGGAGGAGCGCAGCUGCCACAGAUGGAGCAUAAUGGCGACAGUCAGCGAUAAACUACGGAAACCUUUUAAAGAGAGGUCGACGUCGUCGUCGGGGCCCACUGACCGAGUGAACAAGUACCUGGCGCAGGCGCUGGUGGCCCGCAGCAUAGAGCGAGAGAAGAGUAACCACGUGAACUUCGUGACCCUGCGGUUCAAAGCUACGCAUAAAGAGAGACAGUUCCAGGAAUCUGGCGACUUUGCCUUUAGCGGGAGCCUCAUCUGUUCAUUGUUGAUGCUGAUGUGCGUGGCGGGUCUGCAAGCGGUGGUGUUACCGAGGACUCUUCUGCUGCUGAUGCUGUUUUUAGCGGGCUUUACUUGGAUUUCUGUUGUGCUGAUCCUCAUCCUCAGCGUUAAGCUGAAGUGCACGACCUUUGACAUCCGAAUCAGCGGCCUUCGUUUGUUUAUUAUCGUCACCAGCGUGAUCCUCAUCUACGUCAUGGCGCAGAUAAAUGUGCUGUGCUGCACGGGAGGAAAGUUCUUCGAGUUCCUGGCGGACGCGACCCCCGUCAGCGGCGACGACCACCUGACGUGCGAGUUCCCGCCAUACAUCUUCCUGAGCGGCGUGCUGUGCUGUCUGGGGGUGGCCGUCUUCCUCAAGCUGUCGGCGCUCGUCAAGAUGCUUCUCAUGGCCUUCACCUCAGCCACCUUCAUCAUCACCAUGGAGCUGACCCAUGAUCAGCUCUUCGUCGACUUUGACCACAAGACUCGUCCACUCGUCCCCACCCACGUGAUCGGGAUCGUGGUGUUGGCCAUCUUCACCGUGGCGCUCUACGUGCAGGGACGACAGCAAGAGUGGACCAACAGGCUGGACUUCCUGUGGAGGAUUCAGGCAGCGGAGGAGAAAAGUGAGAUGGCAGAGCUCCAGAGCAGCAACCGCCGUAUUCUGUGCAACCUGUUGCCCACUCACGUGGCUUCCCACUUCAUCGACCACCAGAACAGAAGUCACAUGGAGUUGUACAGCCAGCAGUACAGCAAGGUGGGCGUCUUCUUUGCCUCAGUGCCCAACUUCUCCGACUUCUACAUGGAGCUGGACGCCAACAACCAGGGCGUAGAGUGCCUGCGAGUCCUCAACGAGAUUAGCGACUUCGAUGAGUUGUUAGAUGAGCCGCGGUUCGAGGCAGUGGACAAGAUCAAGACCAUUGGCAGCACCUACAUGGCGGCGGUGGGGUUGAUGCCGCACUUGUUGAUUGAGGACACCGACGCCUCCGUUACAGAAUAUCUGACAGUGCUGGUGGAGUUUGUGAUGGCCAUGAAAGAGAAACUUCGCAACAUCAAUGAAAAUUCCUACAAUAAUUUUUCCUUGAAAGUCGGCAUUAACAUCGGCCCUGUCGUCGCGGGGGUUAUCGGCGCCCGCAAGCCUCAGUAUGAUAUUUGGGGCAACACUGUCAACGUGGCUUCGCGCAUGGAGUCCACAGGCAAACCAGAACACAUACAGGUGACAGAAGAAGUGUAUGCUGCACUGAGAGAGUUGUAUGAAUUUCGCUGCCGAGGGCGCGUCUCCGUGAAGGGGAAAGGAGAGAUGAUCACCUACUUCCUCCAUUCCCGGAAGUUGCCGGACGCACGUUCCAUGGGCGGCAUCUCAGGGGCUACAUUCCAGGAUCCGCGACGGUCGCCCCUCACCCCAGACAGUCCCAGCCUCGCCAGGCCGUCGUCACGUGAGUCAUGGGAUGGAGUGAUGCGACAGGGCAGCGGCUACAGCUUGCGACAGGGCUCGCUGACGUCACAGAGCAAGAGUCCUGUCUGCAGCAGUGUCAGCCCUGGAUUAGAGAGACAACCCAGCAUGGAUUCUGGUCGCGCCAACCUGGGCACUCCCCCGGGCAGCUUGAACAAGAAACGACAGUGUUCAGUCAUCGACAGUCCGCGAACAGCCUCCCGCAAACUAAGUGGUUCCUCUGGCACCAACCCCCUGUCUAACGAAAACCACAUGAGGACAGAUCCUCCGGAACUUCCGGCCAUCCACUACAUGAACAUUAAGAUGCACAGCAGCAGCCACAGCAACACUCCACCUGGUAGGGCUCGUCAUUCGUUAGUGCAGAACUCGCUGUUUGAUAGUUUGAAGGAAACAAACAACCAACCCCCAACCUCGCCGUCUCUGUCGCCAGCAAACUCGUUGCCUAGUAACGGCGACGACAACGGCGGCAGUCCACAAAUGCAGUCACUUCUGCUGGGCUCAUCCUUGUCUCGAACAAUCGCAGAAUCAGGAUCUGUCCCUUCUACUUCUUUUAGCCGCCCGCUAGCUAGUCCCCCAGCAAGUAACAGGAGUUCAGUGGCCUCCAUUCAGCCUUUGAGGAGGGUGAACUCUGACCUCGCGACUAAGCCUCCCACCCCACCUUCCUCUCACUCGUCCCCCUCUAUCGUAAGCCAAAUGCCAAAUCAAGGAGGGGGUCAGUUCGCGCGAUCCUCCCAAAUGACACUGGGGAGCGGGAUUGGAGUUUCUCCGAUAAGGCAGCAAGUGCUGAAGGCACCGCAGGAAGAGAUGAUACCAGAGGACCCCGUGUUGGCUUACAACCAGGACAACACCGCACUUUUAAAAGAGCUUCCACCAAAAGAGAUCUUACCGGGAGGCAAUAUGACGAGGGACCUCGGACAAGCCAUCAGCCAAAACUCCCCAAACAGACCUCACUCCAAGCACACUAAGAAGCCAAGGCCGCUUUCCAACGGGUAUUCGAGCAGGAACGGGAACGAGGUUCUCUUCAGUCAAAACGGUGCAACGUCAUCGAAGAACGACAAUAGCACCAAUAACGGGACCUCCGAAGAAAGGUUCGUGAGAGGAGUGUACAGAGAACCUUUACACAAAUCGCAGUCCACGACACCAUCUCAAAGGAGCAGCGCCUCCUCCAACAAAUCAACAGUAUUUACAGGCACUGCAGACCCCAUUCACGACUUGUCCCCCUCACCUACCAAAUCCAGACCCCUGUCCGAUGUUCGUCGCUCGUCCUCGGGAUCCAAGGAAAGCAAUUCAUCUGGCUCCACACUGACGCCCACAGCCUCGGCCCUUGUAGUCAGCAUCGACGGCAAGAUGAUGUCGAUCCUGCCUCCAGCCUCAGGGGAUGCUCCUCUUCCUAUUCGACGUGUAAACGCGGACGACUACGGCUCCGCUGCCAACGGUGUCAAGUCCGACUGGGGUGGAGGCCGCUUGAUUCUGUCCCCCAAGUUCAAGCGGCAGAGCUUCCCUUCUGCGUCGUACGGUAAGCGAGACUACGCCUCCUUUACUUCGGAUGACGAGAGGGAGUCGAUCAGCUCCCGCCAGAUGAGCGACCACUCAUCCAUCGUGCUGUUGCAGCCUAUAGAACUGAAACCGUCAAAGAAUGCCUUUGUCCGCAGCCUGGCCUGUGACGGCAAGACAGAUGGCGAUUUGCUGAACUACAUUUUCGGGUCUCCUUUCCACAGCCUGGACCGAGUUAUUUCUCGCUCCAGCGACACCAUUAACAGUAUUCCUCGUUGCCCGCCGACGCCCAAGUUUCCCGUGCCGGCGACAGACAGUUCUUCGCUCACGCAGCUACUACAUGAACUCACCGGGCAGUCAUCACCCAUGACGCAGGAAAUAACACCAUCUCCUCGCUUCGGGCGGUCGGAAGACCUCCGCAGGACGAACGGUCCAGGUGUAGGGACUUCUCUCGGAGACUGGAACUCGAGUCGCUUGCGGGGCAACGGGAUCUCCGCGGCAGACGCCGAGCGCAGGAGGCGGCACCGGUUGUCUGCUGUGCCACUGGGAAACCCUGGAGACCGACAGUCCAUCAGCAAUCCUUACCAAGUCAAGCGACGGACAACUUGCAGCAUGCCGCCACGGCACUGCCGCAGUCUCGAUUACAUCCCCAGCGACCGCGAUGAAGCUCACGCCUCCAACACAUCCUCCACCUGCGGCAGCCCCAAGGUGUACAACAAGCGACAUUCCUACCUGCUGCCCCUCAUCUUCGGCCAGCACCACGCGCCCCCAACCCACCUGGACACCAUCAGUCUGUCGUCGCUGGCCUCUAGUAGCGAAAUGUCGUCGCACAGCGACCCGGCCAUUCACACUCAUGACUCCGGUUCAACGGCUUACGAAUCGGAAUACGACAACUAUCGGCCCGGCGUGGUAAGCGACGACGACUUCUACCCGCCGGACCCAGUCAGUGACGUCGACUUCGACCUCCUGGAUGUGGAUGACAUAAACGUGGAUGACCUCGCCCUUAGCGACCGGUUCAGCUUAGACAUGCCGGUGCCGCGCUUCCAGAAAAAAAUCACGGAUGUGUGACCUCUCUGACCCUUACUGAAGCUUCUUUCCAGGUUUGCUGUGCCACAUCCCAGAGAGAUUCCCGCUGGGAGACCGAGAGGGACGUUUGACUGUUCCCUCACUGCGAGUGUGCAGGAUCAGGUGCUUCGUGAUGUUCGCCGACAUCGAGGCUGACUCGUCUCGCUUGCUGCAGAAUGUUUGGAAUGAGAGACAAACUGUCGCGAAGUGAUGGCGAAUCUCGAGAUUGUUUAUCAUAAAGUGACCACGUGACCUUCUCCGUCAGGUUCUGACGAUUGUCCUAUGCAUGAUUAUUCCACUCGUUAGACAAGUGAGUCUGAUGGUGCGUUUCGACGACAUCGUGAAAGAGAGUUCACUUACAGCCCAACACAAGUAAAGGGACGUAAUUUAUGUGUCAGGGGAGACAACAGUUGUCUCCAGCCUGAAGGCUUUCACAUGAGAGAUGCUACAAUAGUUAUUUUAUUCAGAAUAAGAGAAGCAAAAAAAUACAUGGAUGGUUGAACGUUUUGAUUUGGGGAAGGAAACAAGUUGUUGUGACUGCCAAGCUCACUGUGAAAUAUUGUGAAUAACAAUUGUAUAGCAAGAGCAAAGUUUUCUCGACAUAUUUAUAGAGGUUUUCAGACUGCAAAUACUCGUCCUUUUGUACAUUUUGUUUGGAUUCUGUUUGUAGGUGUUUUGUGCAUCUCACGACUUACUUUGCCGUGGACAGUUUAUGUUUCUUUUAAGUCAGAAAAUCGCAGAAAUAGUUGACAAGAGACGAGUUAACUUUUCUUCUGUUGCGUAGCAACCAGCAAUAGCCCUGGCACUGUGUAGCAUGCCUUCUGAAAAAAUCUAUAAAUAAAUGUUACCUGGAUCACUUUAUUCUACAAUCCACAACCGCUGAUUCUCCCCUUCCCCUCCAAAAUAUCUUUGCGAAGAUAAUAUUUAGGGUGUGUUUUUAUAAAUCCCUGUAUAAACAGUUUUUGUGAUCAUUGGUAAGACCAAAACUAAGCAUGCAACCGUUAUGCAGCAAACGUUUUUGAUGCCUUGAUUUUUGUUUUUUAAUUGUGGGUUUGUCACAAGAAAACCACCUGAGAGCUAACAAUUAGCCGAGAAUAUUGUUCGUGUGUGAGCAUUCAGACCGAGAAAGGAAUAUGUGUAAGGGUUUACAAUGUAGAGACGAUCUGUUUAUAAAUUUGAGUUUCCAGUUCUAGAAGUAUCCUAGGAAGCGAUAUUUAUCUUCGUUCGUUUGAAAGUUUUACAUUUCCUCGCCUCGUGUGCUUAUUGUGUGAGGGUGAAACAUGGAACUAUUGCUGUCCUGACAGUCAUCAUGACCAGGGUCAAGGGCCAAACGUCUGCCAAAAACAUUGAGACUGCUGGAGGGUGCAGCCGGUGUGAGUGGUUCACCGUAGAUCAGAGAGCGAAACACGUGAGAAACUGGCGUUACCCAGGCAACGUCAAUGUUUAGUUUGCCCGAUCUUGUAAUGAGCUGUAUUAAAAUGUGUCUGAUUUUCA